GACGGACCGACCGAUUGAUCGACAGACCGACCGACCGACCGCCAGCCAGCCAGCCAUCCGGCCACCUCCUCCCGGAGGCCUCCGACUGCGUUGAAAAGAUCACCGGCUCACCUCUCUGCUGCAGAGAAGAAAACAGAGAAGGGUUACCAUGGGGAAGACUGUAAAUAAAGAUUCCAAGAAAGUUAAGAAAGAAAAGCGAGCAAAGAGUCAUCAGUCAAACAGUACUCCUGUGAAAAAUGAACACUUCAGCUGGGACAGUUACUUGAAAGAGACUGGAUCUUUACCUGCUCCUCCACAGUGUUUCAGACAGUCCAAGACCCCACCUAGCAACGACUUCAAAGUCGGCAUGAAACUGGAAGCCCACGAUCCUCGCAACGUCACUUCGGUGUGCAUUGCCACGGUAAUCGGAAUCACCGGUGCCCGGCUGCGGUUGAGGCUGGAUGGCAGCGAUAAUAAAAACGACUUUUGGAGGCUAAUAGAUUCCUCAGACAUUCAGCCCGUUGGGACCUGUGAGAAGAAAGGGGGCAUGCUUCAGCCUCCUCUCGGGUUCCAGAUGAAUGCGUCAUCUUGGCCGAUGUUCCUCCUGAGAACUCUAAAUGGGGCAGAAAUGGCACCAGCGACAUGCUUUAAGAAGGAACCUCCAAAGCCAGCCCCCAACCAUUUUAAAGCAGGGAUGAAACUGGAAGCAAUAGACAAAAAGAAUCCUUAUUUGAUCUGCCCAGCCACCAUUGGAGAUGUGAAAGGAGAUGAGGUUUUCGUUACAUUUGAUGGCUGGAGAGGAGCGUUCGAUUACUGGUGCAAGUACGAUUCCCGAGAUAUCUUCCCCGUCGGAUGGUGUAACUUGACGGGCGAUGCGUUACAGCCACCAGGAAGUAAUGUUUCCAUUACAAAGAGUAGUGCGAAAACACAAUCAUCCCCAUUCAAAGUGACCCGGCGUUCAAUGCAGUCUCCACAGAAAUCUGCCGCAACGUCAGCGCAGCGGGGCAAGAAACCAGGCCGGAAUAAACCAUCUGAACAGUCUUCAGCCCCCAAGAAGGAGACUGCCAAAACCGUCCCCCUGACCAAAAACACCGCUCAUACUGAGAAUUUGAAAACAAGAAAGAAAUGUCUUAAACCAGGAAGAAAAAAAAAACUUUUUCCAGAGCAGUGUCCCCCAUCCACUACUCCCGUCAACUUGCCUGAUGGAGAAAUUAGCAACCCACAGAUUCUUAAAGAUGGUAUGGGAGUUUCCGGAAUAACCGCCUCAAUGAUAUCCACAGUUUGCGUCUACGUGAACAAGCACGGGAACUCCGGCCCUCAGCUGGACAAGAAGAAGGUCCAGCAGCUGCCCGAUCAUUUUGGCCCCGGCCCCGUCAACGUGGUGCUACAGCAGGCUGUUCAGGCCUGCGUAGACUGCUCCUACCAAGCCAAAACCGUGUUCGGAUUCCUCAAGCCGGGCCACCACGGAGGAGAAACGAUAACCGCCUCUUUCGACGGAGAGAAACAUGCCAUUAAUCUUCCUUCUGUGAACAGUGCGUCGUUUGUCCUGCGUUUCUUGGAGAAGCUCUGCCACAGCCUGCAGUGUGAUAACCUUUUUAGCAGCCAACCAUUCAGCCCAUACAUGGGGAGCGCACACAGCCCCAGCGCUUACGGCAGGAGCAGAUCAGCAAAGGAUGAAGUCUCAGAAAACAGAAGCAUUAAAAGAUAUCCUCAGGAUUCUCCCCCGUACACUGCUCCCCUGUCUCCUAAACACCCCAGAAUGGAAGCCCGCCCAUCUGAAGCAGAAGCUCUUCCAGCUGGAGAAAACGGCACCCCCAAAGAGCACAGGUUUCCUGAGAAAUCUAUGGAUUCCGCCCUGAAUUCAUUAAACCCUCCGAGCCCCACGCGCCGGAACGCUACGGAAUAUCGGACCUCCACGAGCGCUUCCUAUUUCAGAAAUUCCCUUCAGUCAGUGACUGCUACCUCAAACUCGGCACCCACCCUGCAUAAGCUGUCCUCAGGACCCGCCGGAAACCAUUAUGGUGAAGUCAACCGGAGCCGGACGCAGAGGAGGAUCGAGGCUGCAAGUUCUACGACUGGACCCGAUCUCAGUGUUGUGAGGCGUGAGUUCUCCCGAGUAUCCCAUAAGGACCCUUCCAGCUGGUCUGUAGAUGAAGUCAUGCGGUUUGUGAAGGAAGCUGAUCCUCUGGCGUUAGCACCGCAUGCAGAACUCUUCAGGCGACAUGAAAUUGAUGGAAAAGCACUACUUUUACUGAGGAGUGAUAUGAUAAUGAAAUAUAUGGGACUGAAGUUGGGGCCAGCAUUAAAACUUUGCUACCACAUUGAAAGACUUAAACAAGGGAAGUACUAGCCACUGGGAUGCUUAAGGAUUUUUGGGUGUUCUUACUGAACUUGUCUCUCAGGUUUACAGAUGCUGUCUUUAUUUAAAAGUAUUUUUUCGCUGUCUUACCCACUCCUCAGUUUGCAAAAGAUUCCUCCGAAAAGGUGAUGCAUCUGAUUCUUUACAGAAAAAGGACUUCGUCAGAGUCUAGCAUUUUAGAAGCACGCGAGGCAUCUGGGUAUAUCUCCACGUGUUCUUACAGGCGACGUUUUGGUUUCGCUUUUUCGAACAAGUUCGUUGUGUCACCUUCAACUGACGUUCACGUUCAGAACCAAAACAGCUGAAUUCCAAAGGGAGGAAAAAAAAAAAGGGAUCAGAUGUCCGACAGCUUUUUUAAUGGUGGCCAUAACAGUUAAAAAGCAGCAGUAGUUUCCAUCUCCUUAGCGGGUAUCGUAUUAGUUUGGGCUCUGGGGCAAAUAGCGUUCAAUGAGGUUGUGCUCUCCAGUUUGCCAGAUAGCAAUAGCCACAAGGAUUCCGUUUAUUUACGAUGGGGUUUUGUUUUUUUUGAUAUUCAAAAAACAAAAAUGCAACUGUUUUUAAACGUGGCUAUCAGAUUUUGUUUUUUAAAAAUUUAAAUUAAAUUAUGGGCAAGGAGGAACUUACAGUGAUCAGUUUUGGAAGGCAAUAAUUGUAUUGAUAUGAGGGAUUUCCUUUAGGUAAUUUCAAACAAUCAACUGUUCAAGGGUGAACAGAAGUCAUCAGAGUGUUCUUAAAAUAGAGUAGUUAUCCCAUUGACCAUUAAAACAUUCCAUCCCCUUUGCUAUACUUGGGCAUGCGUGUGUAUAUAGAUAUAUGUAGAUAAAUAUAUAUAUUUAUGUGCACAUUCACCUCUCACUCGCCCACAUGCAGAUAUAGGCAUGUCUGUGUGAUUUUUUUCGUUAUUGUUGUUUAAAUUUAUAUUUUGCCGUACCGUAUCUGUAAGCUUCUAUAGAUACUGUACCAUAUUUAUAUUUUAUCUGUAUAUCUAUAGUUAUAUACCUACAAGUAAAAUCUUUUGUUUCUUACUGUUUAAAAUGGUACUUUGCACUGCCCCAGAGGUAACGAUGAACUUAUAUAUAGUCUAUUUUUUUUUACUCUUUAAAAACUGUACAUUAUCCCAAGUUUAUCAGAACCUCUCCACUUAACUUUCCUCCUUGGGGGUGGGGGACAGAUAAGGAGCAAUUAGUAGGUUGGUAUUCAAAUAAGGAGAGUCCCUGUUCUAUGCAAUAUUCCUAGUUAAUUUAAUUGUUUAGUUCUGAGCCAUUUAUCCUGCAAUGUGUCACAGAAAUAUGCAUUGCUUCUGAUGUGGGACUUCUUUUUUUGGCUUUAAUUUAAAGAUAACACUUUUCAUAGAGAAGUGGUGCUUACAUAUUCAUUUUUGAUACUCUGCGUAAAGCUUGGUGCUGUUUAUAUAAGCUAUGAAAAUCAGUGCUGAUAGUAAAACUGUUUGCUGUCACUGCCAAUAAACUGUACAUCAGGGAAAAGAAUGUACAUUUUCUGUGUAAGAAACCAAAUGUACUAUAUGACCGUGUAAGAGUGAUGCGUAUUUACUAGGAAAGAGAUAGUCCUAAAGGGUAACUUUUAUUAUAUUUCUUAUCUUUUAUAUGAAAGAUUCUAGUUAAAAAAAAUUGGUAUUUUUACAGAUUGCUUGUUUGAAAAUGCCUUGCUUGGUUUAAUAUUCCUCAGGUUGUAAUAAGAAUCCUGCAAUAUCAUACGUUGUAGUCUUCAAAAUUUCAAAGUCUAAGUAAGCAUUUUAAUAGUUUAACUGCCUAAAACGCAACUUUAAUUUAGCAUGGUAUUGUGUGAGGAUUCGUUUUUAUUUUGCUACCUUCAGAGCUCUGAAGUAACGAGAUUUACGUCGUCGACUCACAUUGCAUCUAGCAGUACAUAAUUUGUAUGGUUUAUAUUUGUAGUGAGAAACAUCAAAACAGGUAAAAAAAAAACCAACUAUAGUCUAUUUUUCUGUUGUUGAAAAUGUCCGUCCAGGCUUUAAAGCUCAAUCCGAUAGUACACCUCAGAUUUUAUUAUCGAUUGCUGACGCAGUCCCCUGUUCAUCUGUUAAGUAUUACGCUGGAAUUUCUUUUUAAUGAUAGGAAAAGGUAUAUCGUUGUAAUCAGGCUGCAUCCCUCUAUUUUCCGAAUAGUUUUUUAAACAUUGGAUCGCUCUUACUGGUGUAGAAAUUAAACCCAGGGAGCAAAUCUUUAACUUUUCAAAGUCACUCCAGGGCCUGGGCUUCCUCCAUGCCGCUUGCCCAAGCUCUGGCCCUGCUUGUUGUCCUUGGUGACAAAGAAUAGUUGUGUCCAGGUGGGUUUGUCCUACAGACCUCUCUAGGCCAAAUGGCUUCUUCAAGAGGCUGGAAAAAAUUCAUUCCUUCAUCCAGUCGUGUUUAUUGAGUGCUUAC